AUGCGGAAGGGAAGGCCAGCCGCCGCCGCCGAACGGCGGUCCGGACAGCGGGGCGGCGCGGGGCGGAGACGGAGGCCGGUUCCGCGGCGUGCGGCGCGGCCGUGGGGCCGCUUUGCGCGGAAAUCCGCACCCGGCGCGCAAGGCGCGCGUGUGGCUGCGCACCUCGACUCCGCGAGGAGCCCGCGCGCGCUACGACGCCGCCGCCCCGCGCCCUUCCGCGCCCCAAGGCCAAGACCACUUCCCACACUCCGCCUCCUCCCACCACCGACAACAACACAACGCGCCUCUCCCGCCUCCCCUCUCCGCCGCCGCCCUCCUUCUCCUUCCCCUUCCCCACCACCACCACAUUCGCCGCCGCUCCACCGGCCCGCCACCAGCAGCCUCAGCUCCACCGUCGAGUCUUCAGCGGCCCCGCGCCCGCCGCCGCCGCCGCGGCGGCGGCCCGGCACCCCCCCCGCCUCCGCCGCCGCCGCCGCCUUUGAUCAGGACGACCUCCGCAGCGACUGCGGAUCCUCCUCCUCCGUCGUCGACGACGACGGUGGCGAUGUCGCCUCCGCCUACCGGAUCCACCCUUCCCCCUCCCCUUGCCCCCCGCUCUCUUUCGAUCUCAACGCCGUCCCCCUCCCCGACGACGACGACGACUCCCCCAUCACCGCGCUCCGCCUCUGAUGCUGACGCAAGGGAAGGGAAGCAAUAAUGGUUCCUUUUCUUAUCACUCCCUCUCUCUCUCUCUCUCUCUCUCUCUCUCUCUCUACCCUUUAGUUUUGGGAUCUCUCCUAUAUGCUGUUGAUUCGGAAUAUAUGAAAGAAAGAUAAUUGUUGGAGUGCAUAUUGGGUUGGGCUUGUGUGAGAAUUAUAAGGGUUCGGACCGGAUCUUGUGGGAUCUGGUGGGGUUUCUCUGGUCUCAGUGUGUUGUACAAAAUGAAAAUCUAUCUAAUUUGAUGAGCGAGCAAAAUGAAGCUAAAAAUAACUAACGUUGGCUCCUAAAUGCUGGAUUUCUCUUGGUGAUUACCAAAUUUUGUUUAUUCAUGUUGCAUUUUUGGGAAGAAUCUUUGAUUCUUUAGGAAAUAGAUGUAUGCUGGUAUAUUCGCUUAAGGGGAGUUGACGGAAAGUAUUAGGGAGCUUCGUAAGAGCAGGUUCAUAUCCUCCAUCAAUUUGAUGUUCGAGGUUGUCGUUUAGGCUUUUUCCCUGGUAGUUUGUUUUUGAAGGUGAUGUAAAAGUUUAACCGAGAAUCUGAAUUGCCAGAAACAGGAAGUAUUUGGAUAUUGUAAGUUUGUUGUCAUAUUUGUUAGUUAACUUGCACACUUUAUGGCUUUCA